AGCUUACCUCACGGUGGCGUCGUCGGUGCGCCCGAGGCAGAAGCGCUUCUUCGGGGAAGGCGCCCUCGCGCGCCCUCCCUCCCGCUCCUCUCCUCGCCAGCAGGUACCUGAGGAGAGGCUGGCCGAGGCCGCGCGGGAAGGCUGGCACCGAAAGCAUCCGCGCAUGCGCCCGCCUGGCAAGUGGGUGGGCGCGCGAGCCCUUCAGCAGCUACGGCGGUGGCGGCGGUGGCGACAACAACAGCAGCGGCGGCGGCGGAGGCAGCUGAGGAGGCGGCGGAGGGACUGCCGGUGCCUUAUUCAGAAGGGGAGGCCGGGUGAACGGAAAGGGCCCCCCUGGAUUAAAGGCGGAGGAGAGCCGACCUGAGAGCGCGGCUGGGGAGAGAGAGAGAGCCCUGCGCUGAGGAAUCUGCCGCUGCCUCUCCAGGGAAGAGGCGCUUCUGCUGCUUCUCCUUCCUCCUCGCCCUCCUCCGCCUGCAGCCGCCCAGCGCACCUGUCUGGCCUGUGGGAAGACGGGAAGACGUCGCCGCCGCCCCAGCCGCGGUGCCCGGGGGGCUGUGCGGAGCAGCGUCCCCGGGCACACCAGGAGAAGCCGCCUCCGCUCGCCCAUGAGCACCGCGGCUCCGGAGCGCCGCCGCCGCCGCUCUGGCAGGGGGCAGCCGGCUGCAGGAGCGCACCCGGCGGGGGCGGCAGCAUGUGGACCCCGACGGAGGAGGAAAAAUACGGCGUGGUUAUAUGCAGCUUUCGAGGGCCUGUCCCACAAGGCUUGGUUCUGGAACUGGGAGAAACUGUCCAGAUCCUGGAAAAAUGUGAAGGAUGGUACAGAGGAGUUUCAAUAAAGAAACCUAAUGUGAAGGGGAUCUUUCCUAUUAAUUAUAUUCACUUGAAAAAGGCAGUUGUCAGCAACAGAGGACAGUAUGAAACAGUUGUUCCACUUGAAGAUUCUGUUAUCACUGAAGUUACAGCAACACUCCAGGAAUGGGCUGUCCUCUGGAAACAGUUAUAUGUGAAACAUAAGAUAGAUCUCUUUUACAAACUGCGGCAUGUGAUGAACGAACUGAUUGAUCUUCGCAGACAGCUACUAUCUGGUCAUUUGACCCAGGACCAAGUGCGAGAAGUCAAGAGACACCUCACUGUACGUUUGGACUGGGGUAAUGAGCAUUUGGGCUUGGAUCUUGUCCCACGAAAGGACUUUGAGGUGGUGGAUUCAGAUCAGAUAAGUGUAUCUGAUCUAUACAAGAUGCAUUUAUCUAGUAGACAUAGUGUGCAACAGAGCACAUCACAGGUAGAUACAAUACGCCCACGUCAUGGAGAAGCAUGUCGUCUGCCAGUACCUCACCACUUCUUUCUCAGUCUAAAAAGUUUCACUUACAAUACAAUUGGGGAGGAUGCAGAUGUAUUCUUUUUUUUGUAUGAUGUCCGGGAAGGCAAACAGAUCAGUGAAAGGUUUCUGGUACGCUUAAACAAGAAUGGGGGCCCCAAGAAUCCGGAGAAGAUUGACAGAAUGUGUGCACUUUUCACAGAUCUCAGCAGCAAGGACAUGAAGAAAGACUUGUACAUAGUUGCCCAUGUAAUUCGGAUAGGGCGCAUGUUGCUAAAUGAUUCAAGAAAGGGCCCUUCUCAUCUUCAUUACCGACGUCCAUAUGGUUGUGCUGUAUUAAGUAUCAUGGAUGUGAUUCCAUCAAUUUCUGAAUUAAAAGAAGAAAAGGAUUUUGUUCUUAAAGUUUACACGUGCAACAAUGAAAAUGAAUGGUAUCAGAUCCAUGAAAAUAUUAUUCGCAAAUCUAGCACCAAAUAUACAGCACCCAGCUCAAACUAUGGGCUUAUCAUUUCUCUUCAGCUUCUUCGUGGAGAAAUGGAGCAGAUUCGGAGGGAGUAUCCUAUGAUCUUUAACAGAGGGGUGGCUGUUACCAGAAAAAUUGGUUUUCCAGAUGUUAUCAUGCCUGGUGAUAUACGCAAUGACUUGUACCUGACUUUAGAGAAAGGAGACUUUGAAAGAGGUGGGAAAAGUGUUCAGAAGAACAUUGAAGUGACUAUGUAUGUUCUUUAUGCAGAUGGAGAGAUUCUAAAGGACUGCAUCAGUUUAGGCUCAGGAGAGCCAAGUAGGAGUCUAUAUCAUUCCUUUGUCCUCUAUCACAGCAACAGCCCUCGUUGGGGAGAAGUCAUCAAACUUCCCAUUCCCAUAGACAGGUUCCGUGGUUCUCACCUCCGUUUUGAGUUCAGGCACUGUUCCACAAAAGAUAAGGGUGAAAAGAAGCUUUUUGGCUUUGCAUUUACACCACUAAUGAGAGAUGAUGGCACCACCCUUUCUGAUGAUAUUCAUGAGCUUUAUGUUUAUAAGUGUGAUGAAAACAGCACAUUCAAUAACCAUGCCCUCUACCUGGGUCUUCCAUGCUGCAAAGAGGACUAUAAUGGCUGUCCCAACAUUCCUUCAAGCCUGAUUUUCCAGCGCAGCACCAAAGAGUCAUUUGCAAUCUCUACUCAGCUCUCUUCUACCAAACUCACCCAGAAUGUGGAUCUACUUGCUCUCUUGAAAUGGAAGGCUUAUCCAGAUCGUGUAAUGGAUAUCUUAGGAAGACUGAGGCAUGUCAGUGGUGAAGAAAUUGUUAAGUUCUUGCAGGAUAUCUUGGACACAUUAUUUGUGAUUUUGGAUGACAACACUGAAAAAUAUGGACUGCUGGUCUUUCAGUCUCUUGUGUUCAUCAUCAACCUCCUGCGUGAUAGCAAAUAUUUUCAUUUUCGACCUGUAAUGGACACUUACAUCCAAAAGCACUUUGCAGGAGCGCUGGCCUACAAAGAACUUAUUCGGUGUUUGAAGUGGUACAUGGACCGAUCAGCAGAACUUGUACGACAGGACCAUAUUCAGGAGGCAAUGCGGGCCUUGGAAUAUCUUUUCAAGUUUAUUGUGCAGUCUCGGAUCCUUUACUCCAGAGCAACUUGUGGAAUGGAGGAGGAACAAUUCAGAGCCAGCAUCCAAGAGCUUUUCCAGUCAAUCAGAUUUGUGCUUAGUCUGGACAGCAGGAGCUCAGAGACUCUCAUCUUUACACAGGCCGCUCUGUUAAAUUCCUUCCCUGCAAUAUUCGACGAGCUUUUGCAGAUGUUCACAGUACAGGAAGUAGCAGAGUUUGUGCGAGGAACUCUUGGGAGUAUGCCCAGUACAGUGCAUAUUGGACAAUCUAUGGAUGUGGUUAAAUUGCAGUCUAUAGCUCGUACUGUAGAUAGUCGCUUGUUUUCUUUCUCAGAAUCCCGGCGCAUCUUGUUACCUGUGGUUCUUCAUCAUAUUCAUCUUCACCUUAGACAGCAAAAAGAGUUGCUUAUCUGCUCUGGAAUCCUCAGUAGUAUCUUCUCCAUCAUCAAAACUAGUUCUGUGGAAACAGAUGUCAUUGAGGAGGUAGAAAUGAUGGUGGAGAGCCUCCUGGAUGUACUUUUACAAACUUUACUUACUAUCAUGAGUAAAUCACAAUCUCAGGAGGCGGUAAGAGGACAACGUUGCCCACAGUGCACAGCUGAAAUCACUGGGGAAUAUGUGUCCUGUCUUUUGUCUCUACUUCGUCAGAUGUCUGACACUCAUUUCCAACAUUUACUGGAGAAUUUCCAAAGCAAGGAUGAAUUAAAGGAAUUUCUGCUAAAGACUUUCUGCGUAUUUCGAAAUCUGAUGAAGAUGAGUGUCUUUCCUCGGGAUUGGAUGGUGAUGAGAUUGCUCACCAGCAAUAUAAUAGUUACAACAGUUCAGUUUCUGUCCCCUGCACUGCACAAGAAUUUCACAGAAACAGAUUUUGAUUUUAAGGUGUGGAACUCCUAUUUCAGUUUGUCAGUCUUGUUUAUAAAUCAGCCCAGCCUGCAACUAGAAUCUGUUACUCCAGCAAAGCGUAAAAAGAUACUGGACAAGUAUGGUGACAUGCGGGUGAUGAUGGCGUACGAACUGUUCAGUAUGUGGCAGAAUCUAGGUGAACAUAAAAUUCACUUUAUUCCGGGAAUGAUUGGCCCCUUUCUCGGUGUCACACUGGUCCCACAGCCAGAGGUCCGUAACAUCAUGAUCCCAAUUUUUCAUGACAUGAUGGACUGGGAGCAGAGGAAAAAUGGCAACUUCAAGCAGGUGGAAGCAGAAUUGAUUGACAAGCUUGACAGUUUGGUAUCGGAAGGAAAAGGAGACGAGAACUAUCGGGAGCUCUUCAGUCUGCUAACCCAGCUCUUUGGGCCCUACCCCAGCCUGCUGGAAAAGAUUGAGCAAGAGACUUGGAGAGAGACUGGUGUUUCUUUUGUUACAUCAGUUACUCGUCUGAUGGAACGUCUCCUUGACUACAGGGACUGUAUGAAAGGAGAUGAAACAGAGAACAAGAAAAUUGGUUGCACUGUUAACCUUAUGAACUUUUAUAAAUCUGAAAUUAAUAAGGAAGAAAUGUAUAUUCGCUACAUCCACAAGUUGUGUGAUAUGCACUUGCAGGCUGAAAACUACACAGAGGCUGCCUUUACAUUGCUCUUAUACUGUGAGCUGCUUCAGUGGGAAGAGAGGCCUCUUCGGGAGUUCCUGCACUACCCUUCUCAGACAGAGUGGCAGCGUAAAGAAAACCUUUGCCGAAAAAUUAUCCACUAUUUUAAUAAAGGGAAGAGCUGGGAAUUCGGAAUCCCAUUGUGCAGAGAGCUUGCUAUUCAAUAUGAAAGCUUAUAUGAUUAUCAAAGCCUCAGCUGGAUUCGGAAAAUGGAAGCCACCUAUUAUGAUAAUAUAAUGGAACAGCAACGGUUGGAGCCUGAAUUUUUCAGAGUUGGCUUUUAUGGAAGGAAAUUUCCCUUCUUCCUUCGGAACAAAGAGUAUGUUUGCCGAGGCCAUGACUAUGAGAGAUUGGAGGCCUUCCAACAAAGAAUGCUCAGUGAAUUCCCACAAGCCAUUGCAAUGCAGCAUCCAAACCACCCAGAUGACAGCAUCUUGCAAUGCGAUGCCCAGUAUUUGCAGAUCUAUGCAGUGACUCCCAUUCCAGAUAAUAUUGAUGUGCUGCAAAUGGACCGUGUCCCAGAUCGCAUAAAGAGCUUUUAUAGAGUUAACAACAUCAGGAAGUUCCGCUAUGACAGACCUUUCCAUAAAGGCCCAAAAGACAAGGAAAAUGAAUUUAAGAGUUUAUGGAUUGAACGCACAACUCUAACCCUGACUCACAGUUUACCUGGCAUCUCUCGGUGGUUUGAAGUGGAGAGAAGAGAACUGGUUGAAGUCAGCCCUUUGGAAAAUGCCAUUCAAGUAGUGGAGAACAAAAACCAGGAGCUAAGGACACUGAUAAGCCAGUACCAACACAAACAGAUGCAUGGGAAUAUCAACCUGCUCAGUAUGUGCCUGAAUGGAGUAAUUGAUGCUGCUGUGAAUGGUGGCAUAGCACGCUAUCAGGAGGCUUUCUUCGAUAGAGAUUAUAUUACUACUCACCCAGGAGAUGCAGAAAAAAUCACGCAGCUGAAAGAGCUGAUGCAUGAACAGGUACAUAUAUUAGGAGUGGGUCUUGCAGUACAUGAGAAGUUUGUACAUCCAGAGAUGCGCCCUCUACAUAAGAAACUAAUUGACCAGUUCCAGAUGAUGCGAUCCAGUUUGUACCAUGAGUUGCCUGCUUUGGAUAAACUGAGUCCAGCCUGCUCAGGAACGAGCACACCACGCAGCAAUAUGCUUGUAUCACAUAGUCCAAUGAGUCCAGAGAGUAUCAAGAUGGUGCAUCGCCACAGCCCAUUGAAUAUGCUGGGCACAGUUCGACAUUCGUCAUCUUCUCUUUCUUCCCAUACAUCAAGUGAAACAGGGAAUCUGGUUAUUCUAACAGACAGUUCUGUCGGAGAAACAGCAGAGGAUAUGUACCACAUGCAGGCCAGUCCUUCCACCUCAAGCCUGAGCUCUACCCAUUCUGCACCAUCCCAGAUGAUUAACUCUGCACCUCCUAGUGCACGGGUGCUGAUGAAAGGUGCUGGAUUGACAACACUGGAGGCUGAAGCCCUCUAUUUAUCCACAGAACAGAUACAGCACGGGCGGCAGCAGUGCAGGCUUCCCCACACUGCCCCCACCAAUGUGCCUCAUCUCUGUCCUGGAGGAACCACCUCUAGAGGCUCUCCCUCUCUACCAGAUAAGUAUCGUCAUAAUCGGGAGCUGAUGAUGUUAUUACCGAUGCACCGAGACCGACCUAGCAGUGCCAUGUACCCUGCAGCUAUCAUGGAAAAUGGACAGCACCCAAACUUCCAGCGAGCCUUGCUCCAACAAGUGAUUGGACCGUGCAAACCCUGCAGCGAUCCCAACCUUUCUGUUGCUGAAAAAGCUGUUCCAGCAGCACCAAGCAGCUGGAGUCUGGACAGCGGAACCAGAGAGGCCUUGCCAUUCCUGUCUACUCAUGUUGGGAGCAUCCUGGCCCCACCAGUACCUCCCCGAAGCCUGCCCCAUGGUCACUACUCGCUGCAUUUUGAUGCCUUCCAUCACCAUCUUAAUGAUGCCCCCCCAGCACUGCCUGCACGGACGCUACGUAAGUCACCACUUCAUCCGAUUCCUGCAUCACCCACAAGCCCCCAGUCUGGCCUGGAUGGAAGCAACUCUACCCUCUCAGGCAGUGCAAGCAGUGGCGUCUCCUCGUUAAGUGAAAGUAACUUUGGGCAUUCAUCUGAGCCCCCUCCUCGAACAGACACUAUGGAUUCUGUCCCUAGCCAGGCGUGGAAUACUGAUGAAGACUUAGAGACACCCUACCUUCCCGUCAGGUAUAGUCUCUCAGAGCCGGAUGUCCUGGAAACACUCAAAUCCCAGCCGUGCCGAAGCCACUCUGCCCCAUCGGGAGUCAUUCCUCAGGACGCUGUGGACCCUCCAGCUCUACCCCCUAAACCAUAUCACUCCCGCCUUCCAAACAUGGAAAACGAGGAGGGGAUGAUCUUGGAAGAGGAUGAAAAACACCGGGCGCUACAUCGCAAAAUUUCCCAGCCAACUAGCGGUGUGAAAGAAGAGCAAGCCAGAGUAGCGUGGGAGCAUGGCAUCAGUGAGCAGUAGGCAGAAGUGUGAGAGAAGACGGUUUGCAUGAUCAUUCCAGGUCUGUGAAACCAGAAGACAGAUGUACAAUAAGGAGGCUUCAGAGAAAAGAAAAGUGAACUGCUUUAUUCUCUGUUGCUGAGAGUUAAUGACUGGAGCCAGAGAUUGGGCCAGCAUGUGCAGUUGCUGCUUUCCUUUUUAUUUAAUUUUAUACUUUUAAGAUUUUUAGUGUUUUGGGGUUUUGUCUAUUUUUUUGCAGUGGGUGCUUCAUUCCUUCUACAGUUUAUCAGACAGCAGGAAGUGAUAUUAGCUAUAGACACUUGCAGAAACUGAAAAGCAUUAGGAUUUUGAGGGUGGGGGGAUGUGGCAUGGAAUUUUUACAAGCUUUCCUUCCAGUUUUGAGAUGCGCACAAGUUUUGAAGCAGUUGCACUAGGAAUGUGUUUAUUUGCUGUAGUAAGUGAAUGCUAAUUUUGAAUUCAGGGAUUCCGCAAAGCCAGAAGGUGCAGAGUUUUAAAGGCACUGAAGAAACGAGAUCUUCCAGGCUUGAGGCAUAUAAACUUAUUUUGCAAUGGUCUCCUUGCAUUGCCUCAGGUGUGCUGAAGCAAUCUAACCAGUGCUGACUGGCUGCCAUUUCUAUUUUAAGGCAUCAUUUCACACAAACUCUUCUUGGCUUGGCAUAGACUUUUUGAUUUCCUGCUUUUUCCAUUGUUAUUCAUCUGUAUUUAUUGAUGCUACAGUAUGAGGGAAAUGCCUAACCAUGGGACUUACAGCCCAGUCUUGGCCUCCCCGUGCCUCUGGUUUUUGGCACUAGCAUUUUAAUUCCAGUCCAGGAAGUUGAGGAGGAGUAUCUUAUGCCAGAGCAACUAAGAAACUAAGCUAGAAUAAAAGGAAGGCUUGAGCACACGCCUGACAGUUGCUUUAAGGCUGACGAUCUUGCAUAGUCCAAACUACUAUCUGUUGUUGUACCAUCCUCCCCACCCCAGAAAAGAAAGCCUCUCUUUGUUGCAUUGCUAUUGGACAAGAUCACUUCCAGUUACUUGUUCCAGUGUCAUAGAAAUACAGUGGUCUUCAGAAAAUGUCCACUAAGUAAAAAUUUUAGAAGCGGGUGGAGGGGGAAAAAAUAUUUUUAUCCUUUUUAAUAAAAAGUUUCUGAAAUGUUUACAAAGGAGACGACUAAGGGUGUGCUAUGGUGUGUAAAAUCAUGAUUGACUAUUAGAGAACCUAGGGAAUGGGGCGUUGCUUAUAUUUAUAUUCAAGAACCAGUGCAGCCAAUUAACAUGCCAUAGUUGAACAUUUUAACCAAAGGAACUGUGGGACAAGCUGCCAUGAACUAUAUGAGUUAGAAAUGUAGCUAAGUUUGGGAAAGGUGCUGGGAAAUAUGGGAUGAAAAGGAAUAUUAACACAUAUUAAGCAAUCUGGCAAGGAUUUGCAGAUUCAAAUGAAUAAUGCAAGAUAACAAUACUUGAAAGUUGUUAGGGUUUUAGUCAGCAUUUUUUAAAUCCAUGUCAUCCCAACACCUUAAUAAUGGCAAAGUUAUAUUUAAUCAAGAUCCAGUUUUGCUGCCCUUCCCACUGGUGGCUAAAAAAAAUAUGAAUCUGUUUAUUUUUACAAUUUUUGUAGUGAUACCCAGAAGCACAUUAUGAAAUGUUUUAUACUAAAUGAGAAAUCAGCACAGAAAAUGUAAAGGAUUGACUCAAUUUCCAAAACAGCCAAUGACAGAAACAUACAGAAGGUCAAAGUUCUGGUUUCACUCUUCAAUCAAUCAGUAUAUAAAGAAACAAACAAAAAAUAUACCGUAUGUACCUUGUAUGACUGAAAUUGCUUUUUUCUGAGGUAAGCUGCUAAUGUAUUUUCCCCCAAGCUCUGUCCAAUGUAAACACACAGUAGUUCCGUCCUUAUAUUUUAACGAAACACCAUGGCAUUAAAAACUUGCCUAGUUUUAUUUUUGAGUUCGCACUAGAUAGAAAAUACAUUUGUAUUGCCUCUUUCCAUUGAUCCACAACCAUCAUUUCCCUCUCUUAAGUCAAAGUGGCUUUGCAGUGCCAUCAGAAAGAAAUACCGGUAUCUCCUGUCAGGCACAAUUUAAAUGCAGGUCCUAUACUUCCAGUUAAGAUUAGAAUGCCAGACAUAAAUGUUAUCCACUUAGAGCUCCAGGAAGUUUUUUUAAAAAGACGUAACAUCUUUUUUGGAGACUAGCAGUACAAGCCUAUGGACUUUCUCCUUAUAGUAGGUUGCUUAGAGGAUUGCAACCCACAGUAUAGCUAGGGUGUUUGCUGUUGAUACCUGAAAGCAGGUUGUUGUUUUUACAAGUAAGGUAAUGAGUUGGCAGAUGUAAGCAAAUAUCAGCUACUUUCAUAACACUCAACCUUCAGAUUCCAUUGAGGGAAGCAAAUUUAGAUGUAGUAACUAAAGCUUUCCAAUUUCUACAUAAUGUUUGGUGUGCUUUGGUGGCUUUCUAAAAGGAAGGUCUCUAUGUGUGUACAUGGAUGCAAUUUUAAAAUGAGUUUCCACUGUAUUGCAGUUGGCGAGAACUUAGCAUCCGAUAAAUCAAGAUGGAUUUCUAGUUGCUGAAUUGGGUAUCCUAUGCUGCAUUACUAAAAUUACUAGGUAUUCAGGCCACCAGCACAAGCCCCAUUGAGAGGGGGGAAUAUGUGCUGACAUGGCUUUGAAAGCCAACCUAUAAAAAAGCAACAUAAUAAUUUAGUUGGACACAGAGAGCAAAAUGGAAACAUAUCUUUGGACAACAAAGUAGCACAUACAACCAUGAUACUUUGGAAUAGGUAUAAACUGCUCCAAAAUAUGGUGUUCUUGUCCUUUGCCUGAAGUAGAAGGAAGGUUUAAAGACAUGGGUGAUUGAAAAAUAGGAAGAAGUAAUUCCUGUUUGUAGUAGGAAAUAUAAUUGGAUUUUGUUGCCAUAGCAAAGGUAUAGGGAUUCUUUCCCUCACAAACAUCCCCACACUCAUUUUUUCCCCCUUUACGCUGUAAAAGGGGACUAAAUCAUAUCUUUCCUAAGGAAGAACGAGUGAGCAGGAAAUUUAGGGAGGUGAUAUCAUGUUGCUUAAUUUGUUUCCCCAUCAUGUUUCAUGUAAAUAUCCCACGAAUGCUGUGUAUUUGUACAGGAAAUUGAGCAAAAAAUGUAUAGAUUGUGAUGUCUGACUGGUACUCUGCCCUGUAAAUGUAUUUUUAACCUAUGGCAAUCUGUUGUUGUUUAAAACAACGGCAACCACAACCCCCACAACCAGUUCUCUUUUUGUGUAUUCAUGUUCGGAAAACCUAUCAUAACUGUAAGGAAAAGCAAACCUUAAAAGGAAACAAAAUAUUUGUACCAGAGUCCUAAAGAUAUUUCAUUGUAUAUAUUGUGAUAGCAUGUUUAUGGAACCAACAAAUAAGUGAUGUGAAUUUUAGGUGUAAAUAUCUGCUGUUUUGUUUUGGAUUUUCCUCCCUUCCCUUCCCCAUUCACUCAACUGCUGUGAUGUUGAAUUAAAAAUUAAUACUUGAUAUUAAAAAGCAUUGAGCAGAUGCUCCAAGGUACCCAUGAGAUAUUUAUUCAGAUGCCACAAUGUAUCUUACAUAUAAAAGCUGGUGCUCAGUAAACUCUCAUGAUAUUGAUCUCCUACAGAUUUCCUGUUCAGGUGCUGUCAAUUGAAAUUACACACCAAUAAGUUUAGGGGUGGGAAACUACUGAAAAAUCAGGAAAAUGGGAAGAAUGCUGCAAUCUACUUCAUAGGGAAAUUGAUAAGAUCAUCUGUUAUUAACUAACCGUGUUUUACCCAGCAGUAUUAUCCCUAACUAAAAAUACUUUCCCCAAGAUUUGUGGGUACCAUUUUCACUUU